CUUAUCAAAUAGUAGCCCUACUAAUUCGCUAAUUAGUUUCUUCUAGUAUUUAUUAAAAAAAUAUUGACUGGAUAUUUUCUUUCAAACACCAGGUCAUGGCGCUACUAAAAGAAAAUGUGUUGACACAUCUGGAUAAGAUCUUGAGGGGAAAUUCUACAGUUGGUGAUGUGUCCAGUGUCACAUACUUGGCUGUGAAGGAGCCCCUAAUUCUUGCUGCACUAACCAUGUUAAGGGAUGUCUUGCUAGGAGUCAAAGUAGCCAGUGUUUCUCCUGAGUUAGUAGCAAAGAUGAAGGGGUUUGUUCAAGGUAUUUGUCAAAAUGGUUUUCUAACCCCUACCAGUGGCAGCACCAGAGGGUCGGUGACCUAUGACCCACAGCAGAUUGCUGCAGUUGCCAAGGGAGUGUGCCUAGAUCUGUUGCUGUGGGCAGCAUCCCAAGAGACUGUGCUCUUAUAUGGGGGCACUGUGGGGGUUUGA